CUCUCGGCUCCCGACACCGGUUUCUCCCCUCUACUCCGGUCCGGCGACGAGCUCUGCCACCCAUCUUCCGCGUCGGCGACGAAGUGCCACCCUUCUCCGGCCGCAGCUCAUCCCCUCCCCCUAGGGCCGUUGCCCGCCUCUCCCCUCCCUCUUCUCCUCCGCGGCCUCCUAAUCCGGCGUUGAGCUCGGCGGAAGGCGACGAGGUGGGCGCGCAUCCACCUGUUCGACCGAAACCCCCGCCGCGAUGACGCCACGCGGGGCGCUCCGCCGCCUCCUUCCUGGGCACCUCCAACCCGUCAGGCGACGUGUCUCGCCGCCGCCAGUGGCAGCCGACGAGUGGCCCCUCCCCGACCCCUACGCGCUCCUCGUCCACGACCCCAUCGACCUCCUCUCCUCCCUGUGGCGCCGCGCCUUCGCGCAUCCGCUCGCGGCGCCCUUCCCAAACCUCUCCGGUUACGCCUCCCGCCUCGAUCUCUGGCUCCUCUCCUACCAGCGCGCCUGCGCGCACGCCACCGGGUCCUUUCCGCCGCGCCACGCCGUCCCGCUCCCCACUCUCCACUCCCUCAUCCGCCUCCGGGCGGCCGCCCUCCGCCGCCACCCUGCCUUCCCCUGGGGCGCCUCCACGCACCUCCUCCUCCGCUCCCCCGCCGACCCGCCUUCCACGGUCCCCAUCUCCCGCCGCAAGCUCGAGGCCCGCCUUGCCAACGCGCCACCGCCGUUCCAGGACCGCGUCGUCCAGGAGCUUCUCCUCCUGCUCCUUGAACCCGUCUUCGAGCCCCGCUUCUCCCCAAAGUCCCACGCUUUCCGCCCCGGUCGAGGGCCCCACACUGCCAUUCGUUCCAUCCGCUCCCACUUCGCCGCUUACCUCUGGUUCAUCUCUGCCGACCUCACCGAGGUGGUCGAUGCACUCUCGCCGGAUACUAUACUUUCCUGCGUCCAGAAGGCCGUUUCUGACCGCAAGGUGUUAUCUUUGCUGAAGACGGCGCUCAAUGCCCCCAUCCGGCCUGGGUCUGUGCCACCACGAGAGAAGGAGCUUGAUGGUCUUGCUAAGAAGAGGCUGAAGAGGAAGGUGCUCAGGAAAAGCAGGAAGAAGAAGGUGCUUAAUGAGAACGAACCCAAGCCUGACCCAUAUUGGUUGAGGUUAUUCUUUGGGUUUGCCCCAGAACAGGCGUGCCAUGUGCCAAAUUAUGGGCAUUGUGGGAUACUUAGCCCUUUGCUUGCCAAUGUGUGCCUCAACGAACUGGAUUGGUGGCUGGAGGAGAGAAUUUGUGAGUACUUCUGCCCGUCAAGGCAUGAUUCGAUUUGGAAAGAGGCAGGUGAUGAGCGAUGCCAUAAUCCUGCCUGGCCUGAGUUUGUCCCAUCGAGUGGGAAGGAGAAGACAAAGAAGAUGGAUUACCUCAGAUUUGGCUCCCAUGUCCUUAUUGGAAUCAGGGGACCAAGGGAGGACGCGGUUGAGAUAAGGAGACACCUGAUGGAAUUCUGCGAGAGCACGUUUGGUUUGAGGCCUGAGAAUUCUAUGGUAGAAAUUGAGCACAUCACAAGAGGGAUUGAAUUCUUGGAUCAUGUGAUUACCCGCCGGGUCAUCUACCCAACCUUACGAUAUACUGCUAGUGGAGGGAAUAUUGUCAGUGAGAAGGGUGUUGGGACAUUAUUGUCAGUAACAGCAAGCCUUCAGAGGUGCAUAAGGCAUUUCAGGAAGCUUGAGCUCGUAAAGGGGGAUCGGGAUCCUGAGCCGUUGCCAUGUUCACCAAUGCUGUACUCUGGGCAGGCGCAUACUAACUCUCAGAUGAACAAAUUUCUUGAGACCAUGGCUGAUUGGUAUAGAUAUGCAGACAACCGGAAGAAGAUUGUUGGGUUUUGUGCAUAUGUCAUUAGGAGUUCUUUGGCAAAGCUUUAUGCAGCAAGGUAUAGACUCAAAUCUCGAGCUAAAGUUUACAAGAUUGCCUCACGUGAUCUUAGCCUCCCGUUGAGAGAGAGCACAAGGAAUGAUGCACCAGAAUACUCUGAUCUCUUGAGGAUGGGACUUGUUGAUAUUAUUGAGGGUGUACAAUUUGCACGCAUGUCAUCAAUUCCAUCAUGUGACUACACACCUUUCCCUCGAAACUGGGUGCCUCACCAUGAGCUUGUAUUGCGUGAGUAUAUUAAACUGCAAGAUCCAAAAUUCUUUUGUGAACUUCACAAGACAAUCAAAAGGGAGGAGAUAAAUUCACCACAGGAUGAUGUAUCAAGGAUGGUUUGGUAUUAUAAAGUUUAUGGUGUUUAUGUUGCUAAAAGGUCCCUACAGAAACCAAACGAAUGUAAGAAUAAUGACGAAGGUGUCAAUAAGGAGAAUCAAAUUCUGUUGGAUACAUAGUCUGAAUUCUUUAUCAGCGGCACCUCAGGCAGAUUAUGUUUUCUGAGAAACUUCUGUUGGAUAAGCAUUCCUAGAUGGCCUUUAAUAGAGAAUUCUCAUCAAUGAUAUAUCAGCAACACAUAGCUAAAGAAAUGCACCGUCAAGGAGAUUCUGAUGUGCAAGGUUAUAGUUUUGAUUGCAUACAAUGGAAAUUGACCAUAUCUCAAGGGAAGGAUUAACUUGCAAGGGGGAUGGUGCUCCAUACGAUGUUGUGAGAACUAGGAGUUCUCGGUAAUCUUCUGUUAUUGAAUAUUAGUUUCUUGUUCAUGCAUGUUUAACUCAAUAGUUUGUGAAGUCUAUAUUUGAUAACUAUUUUGUGUAUUAGGUUGAUAAUACUUGGAAUUUAUAGGAGGAAGGGCUUAGUGAUUCCUCAAAUCUAGAGUUAGUUUUGAUAGCUUAAUUAGUUGGAUUUUAUUCAGAAUGCCACAUUGACCAUUGUUUUUAAAAGUAGUUUUGUAUUUUAGUGAGAUACAUAGACAGUUAAAGCAUCAAACAGUUUGAGUUUUUUUUCCUGUAGUUUAAUAUAUCUAUU